CCAAGCUGUUAGGCAGCUUGCCUUGGAGCUGGCUGCUAGGAGCUAGGAUCCAACAGUCAAGGUCCAUGCGGGGAUUGGCGACAGUUCAUUGCCCUCCAGCAGGACAGUCUGUGAGGCUGUAGGAGAAGCAGCUGCAGGCGGACCAAGCCCGGUGCAGGAUGAGGCUCUGGCUGCUGGCGGGUUUAGUGGCUGUGCUCGCCCUCGUGGCGGUGGCUGGGGCCGACCUGGGGGACUCCACGGUAGGAGUGGAGGAUCUGCUGCGAGUGAGGAGGGAGGACAGAAAACGCACACCCCCACCUUUCAAACCCUGUCCUGGCUGCUAUUCUCCUCUGAGCAAGCCGGAUACACCAGUGAGAGCCAGGAGACAAGUGGAGAAGCAGUGGCGACCCAGAGCCAGACCCAGACCCACCUGGAGACCAGGCUCCCUGACUUUGCUAAGGCCUGCCAAGGUGGAGGUCCAGGAUGCAGAAGUGAGAACCAGGAGGGAAGCUGAGAGAGGACCGCAACCGCGACCCAGACCCAGAUUGAAUCUUCCAGGGCACUCACCUUACAACUACGGCUAUAUGACUCUUCUUGCUUCCCCCGCCAAUGUGAGCCUCCAGGGGCCUGCUCUACCAGGGCGAGGCAGGAGGGCGGUUGAAGGAACUCAGCCACGCACACUAAAACCCAAGCGACCCAGGCUGCCCUGCUCGGGUUGCUACAGCCCUCUAGUGUCCCUCAAGGACAACCAUCAACAAGAGAGAGUUAAGAGGGAAGGCCAGAAACCUCAGCAAGCCAGACCCACAAGGAAACCAACUUGGAGACCUGGCUCUGGGUCCAUCAUAGGCUGGAGCCCGCCUGAGGAAGUCAAAGACAAGCUCACCACCCCCAAGCUCCCCUGUCCCAGCUGCCAUGGCUCUGUAGCCACCGGCCAGGAGGGGCGCUCUGCUGAGGGGAUCCUGAGCCCCAGGGCCAGGAGAGAAGACGAAAGGCCCACGGCGGCAAAGCGUAAAGCCAAGCAGAGAGCAAGAGACAGGCUCUACUGUGCUGGCUGCUAUUCCAGCCUCACGCUGCGGGACCAGCCUGCCCCCUUGAGAGAGGAGGCGGAUGGAGGAUCAAGAGGAGAUUAGCUACUGCACCCACCUGAGGAGGAGUCCUUCCAGGCCUCACAUCCCUUGUGUAGCUAGACAGCAGCCCAGGCUGGGAGUCUGGUAUCCACCCCCCCUCCACACCCCUGAGAUCAGUUACACAGAAUCUGGAUCCCAACCCCCCUUCCCCCUCCAGCUGGCACAAACCCACCCUGUUUCUCCUGCUGCGGAGCUGGGAUGGAAUCAAGGCCCCUUUCUCUGAGUCCUGCAAACCCACAAUCCCCACCCUCCCCUGUCUCGCUCCCAGUAAUAGACAAGGGGCGCGCGGGCCGCACGGGACCAGACUGGCCUGUCCCGUGGCGCCCUCCGGCCUCCCAAGGCGCUGUGUGAAGGCAGAUAGAUGUAAAUGAAACUAAAGCCACAUAUAAAGGGCUGAAUUCCUUGGGGUGUACGUGGGUCCAGCUCUGCUGCACUGAGUGGAACUGCGCCCGUUUAUACCUGGGGGAAUGUGAGCCAAGAGUGCAAAUAAACACAAAUAC